AUGGGACUCAAAAUUUCAAGCUUUGACCCAUAUCUCACAAUGGGACCGUCGCCUCUUGACCGGACCGCGCUUCAGACAGACUCUUCGGGUGCAUACAACCGGAGAGUGUCGGAGGGCAUCAUCCGCGAUGAGGCGGCUCCGUGUUGCCCGGGCCGGGAGGCGGCCUGCACCAGCGAGGGCUGGAGGUCCGACCAGGCCUGCGGGGCCGCCCGGGACUAUGACGCGGCCUGUCCGGCGGUAUCCUGUGCGGUGAGCGAGUGGACCGAGCGGUGCGGCUGUGCCGAGCCGUGCAGGGCCACAGUUCGCAGGCGGAGCAGGGUCGUCGUGCAGGAGCCGCUCAACGCAGGGACACCCUGUCCCCAUCUGGAGGAACACGCCGGCUGCGCGGAGUACUGGUCGACGCGAGGCCACUGUCCCAGCGCACUCGUCCCAGCUCUUAUUACCACAGGUGGCUAUGGCAACACCAGGAAGAAAAGUGACACCCCUGACAGCGUGGACAUUAUCGGGUAUUACGUUCAGACUGUUCAGAAAAAUGCGAAGUUACGGUCUUUUAGUACAUCGUAUACUUAGCUUGUGUGUGUGUGUGUGUGUGUGUGUGUGUGUGUGUGUGUGUGUGUGU